GCUUGUGCUGGACGCGCGUGCAAAAGGAGGGCGGUGGAGCCCUGCCAUGCAGCUCCCCAAGGACUCCACUGGGCAUGGCCCGCUGGCCUCAGUGGUCUCCCGUGGCUCUGGCUGGCCUGCAACACCCAUAGCUGAGGAUGACCGUGAACUAACACUCCAGCCUCCACACCCACUUAACUGAUAACAGAUAUGAGUCACCCCACACCCUUCUUCACUUGUAGACUAUUAUCCUCCCAGUGCACAAUGCUGAACUGUGGCUGGAUGAGUGCUUGGCGUCUGUGUUACAGCAAGACUUUGAAGGCACCAUGGAGCUCUCUGUUUUUAAUGAUGCCAGCAAGGACAAUUCUAGGACCAUCAUAGAGAAAUGGAAGGUGAAACUGGAAGAUUCUGGCAUCUCUGUAGUCGUUGGAGGCCAUGACUCUCCUUCUCCCAGAGGAGUUGGAUAUUCUAAAAACCAAGCAAUCGCACAGAGCACCGGGUCUUACCUUUGCUUUUUGGAUUCAGACGAUGUCAUGAUGCCCCAGAGAGUGAGGCUGCAGUAUGAAGCUGCCGUGCAGCACCCAACGAGUAUCAUAGGAUGCCAAGUGAGGAGAGACCCCCCAGACUCUACAGAGCGAUACACACGUUGGAUCAACCAGUUGACAUCGGAUCAGCUGUUGACACAGGUGUUCACCUCCCAUGGCCCCACAGUGAUCAUGCCCACGUGGUUCUGCUCUCGGGCCUGGUUUUCCCAUGUGGGCCUGUUUGAUGAAGGAGGACAGGGGGUACCAGAGGACUUGCUGUUCUUCUAUGAGCACCUUAGGAAAGGGGGUGGCGUCUUCCGUGUGGACCACAACCUGCUCCUCUACCGCUAUCACCCGUAUGCAGCCACACACUCGGUCCUUGAGGUGACCAUCUGGACCCACCGUGUCCACUUCCUAGAGGAACAAGUCCUGCCCCGUUGGAAGUGCUUCACCAUUUGGAAUGCAGGCAAGCAGGGGCGUAGGUUAUACCGCAGCCUGACAGCAGCCAGCCGGUGCAAGGUGGUGGCCUUCUGUGAUGUUGAUGAGAACAAGAUCGGAAAGGGCUUUUACUGCCAUGAGGAGUCUCAGGAGAGACCCAAGCCGAAGGUCCCCAUCCUGCAUUUCCAAGCUGCCCGGUCCCCCUUUGUCAUCUGUGUGAAGCUGGACCUCACAGGGGGUGCAUUUGAAGACAACCUGAAGUCACUGAACUUGCAGGAAGGCCGGGACUUCGUUCAUUUCAGCUGAGUUUGCCACCAGGUGUCUGCACUGCACCCACUGCAGGUUUUUCUAUGUCAUCCUGGAACUCACUAUGCAGACCAGACUAGCGUCAAACUCAGAGACCCGCCUGCCUCUGCUGGGAUGAAAGGUGUGCACACCAUUCCUGGAUGUUUCUUCUUCACUCAACGCAGUGAAGACCCAACAAGAGCCAGAGUUCCUUCCAUGAGGACAGAUUUCCGUCUACCAGUGUUGAGAACACAGCUCGGUAGAGUUCCAGCUUUAUUAGGUUUCUUGUGGCCUUUUAUCUACUCUGCCCUGCUACCACCAAAAUUUCAUCCACUAGAAAGAAGCAGGGACAUGGCCUUGGGCACACACAGCCUCUAUGCUCUCUCUCUCUCUGAGGUUAAAGCUCAAUGAGCAACAUUCAGCAGGCUCCCAGGCCUCGGAUAUAGACAGAUCAAAGAGGCAGGCAUGAGGCUACCACAGCAGGACAGGUAAUGUACGUCCUGGGACAGGAAGUGCAAAGGAUCCAGGCCCGGGGACCAGAGCUGUCCCGUAGUCCCACAGGGACACUGGAUUCUGAGGCUCUCUUGCUCAGACCAUGAUAGGACUGCUGGGGACGUGGCUGGCUCAGCAUGAGGAGGAGAGAGCUCCUGCCACUGCAUGUGCCCAGCACUUCCCACUCCACCAGGGUGUGAGCAUCUGCCAUGCUACAGAAAUCACUAAGUGCCUAAAACCCAGCAAAACACCAGGAGCGGAACCCACGGUGGAUCUUCACCUAAGUCCCAGAGAUGGAGGCCGGGCUGUAUGGAGCAUGAUUUAAUGGGAAGCACAUGGUGUUAGGACAGCAGAAGUACGGGCAGACCAGGCCACCAGAGGACAGCAUGCAUGAAGUCACUGCGCUCUGUGGAUGGCCUCCCAGUCCAGCUAGCAGCAUGUGCCACCUUUCUCAGGUGUGUGGCACCAAGUUUCCAUGAUGGUAAAGCUUGUUGUAGAGCCUCGGGGCAGGGCAUCCCAGCUAGGCAGGCAACGGUUCAGCUUCCAGGAGCAGGCUGUAAAGAUACACAGCAACGUCAGGCUAGUCCCCACCCUCUGAUGUAUGGCUAAAGGCUGCCAUGUCCCAGGAUCCUGGCAGGUUGGUGGACAGAGUAGGUUGCUAAAUGUUCUUUCCAUUGAUAGAGAACUUUGAAGUAUGUGAAUGAACAGAGUUGAAAAACUCAAGUUCGCUCUCCAUAUAGGAGACUGAGACUACAUCCUGGCUCCCCAAGGGGGAGGCCCUGGGAGAACUCAGGCACACAAACCCAGCAUAGCACACACAAGAGAGGGAAAGAACAAAAUCCUUUCCAGCAUGCGAGGUAACAGGAGCUCAGGGUUUAAAGCUAGAUCAUCAAAGCAAAGCAAACAGGAAAAACAGUAGCUGACCGUCAAGACUGUGUCAGCUAAAUACCAAGGCCUCAGGGUUAGGGCAAGCCCAGCUCAGAGGUCAAGGUCAGGGAUGAGGCAGUAGGCAGGGAAAGGGUGCUGGCCCCAGGGUAAUCAGGGACAGAAGAAUAGAACAGUGAACAAGUUAGCAGGAUGGGAAAUGAAAUCCAGAUAAAGAAACUGUAAACAGGAAGGUCAAAUAGGAAACAGAGACUAUGAACAUAAACUUGUCAGUAAUUAGAGUAAACAUGAAACACUAAUUAAUAAAGACCUGUAAAUGACACAAAGGCAUAAUUUACUGUACAGAAGACAAGCUAACCAGAUGUCACCACUAACAGAGGCAGAGGGGAUGUCAAGUGUAGGAACACCUAGUUAAUAACAGCUCCAGAGUGCACCCCCCAAAGUUCAGACAUAAUUAAAGGACAACCGAGACAAACGCAAACACUGCUUCGUCAGUACUGAUUGGAGUAAGACGACAGAAUCCCCACCAUGGGGGCCUGCAGCAAGGUAGGAAAGUCAUCUCUGUCAGGCACACCUGAACUGUCUUCUAGGAAGGGAUGUAUCCCACAGGCCAGGAAAAGCCCAAGGGUGGAGAAGGACUGGCUGACUGGAAUGUUCCUCUGUCCCUGACUCACCUAGGACUCCAGCAUGAGGCUGGGCUUCUGAAGGCUUGGGUUCUAUAAGGGCAGGGAGCCCAUGUCCUACGCCACAGCUAACAUCCGACAGCAGCUUCCACAGCCAAGCACAGGCAAUCAAGAGGACUGAGGCCCCAGUGGGACAGAAGUCCAGGGAGACACGGAAGCCUGAGGGGACAGGUGUCCUCAGAGUACAUCCAGGCAGGGAUGAUAAGAGAACGGACUGUGGGACCCGGUUUACUUUAGACAGGAGCUCAGAACAGCAGACAGCACAGGCCCCAUGUAUCCUCAGAAUACUUGUUACCUUUGUAGCCAGCUGGGGUCUGGGCACACCAAGGAGGUCACACAGGUGAUUCCGCUGCCCUCUUACAACUGGAAGCUCUGCGUCCCUGGGGAGUAAAACAUUUGAGUCCCCGAAGCCAACAUGGUUCAGUUUCUUCCCCCAGAGUAGAUACCAGGGCCCAUACCCUGUUCUAGGAACAUACAGAAGAGACGUGACCUCAGGCUAAGAGGCUUCUGCAUCUUCAUUAGAACUCAGAUGCUGUUGAUUUCAUUGAAUAGAAAGGUACAAAGCAUGUUUUGUAAGGGUUAGUAAAAAUAGUCCUCUGUAAACCAGGUGUCAUAUUCUUCAGAGUUCCUAACACCCAUGUAGGGCAACUCACAACCACCUGUAACCCCGGCUCUAGGGGGAUGUGGACAUCUUUUUUUGGCCUCGGCAGGCAACUGCACUCACAUAUGCAAGCCCUGACACAUGCAUACACAAAGUUCUCCCUCCCUCUCUGCUGUCCUUUCUCAAGAUGAGUGUUUUAGGAAGUUGGAAGCAAUGCCCAUUGCUUCCACAAUGGAAGCAGUGUCUCAUCAGAAGGCACCGUGCUAAGUUUCUACUGACAGCAAAGACCUUGAAAUGCAUUCUGGCCUUCCAGGCCCCCACAGCUCUCACCGAGGCAGGAAGGCCACAUCCUAGCAUGAGCUCCUAUGGAGAUCGCUGUUCUGGGGAGCAUGCAUGAAUAUACAUCACAAACCCUCACUUGCUACCACCCCAACAGACCUGCCAGCAUUUGAGAUCAGCAAUACCCCUCUCCAUCAGUCUGAGUGGACAGUGUCCGCAGUAGCAGUAACUUGGCCUACCUGGCUGUGCCUCCCAAAUAGUAUAUCUGCUACAGGGGACAAGUCAGCUUGGUAGUGCAUACAUAUGUGACUAUGAGCAGCUGUAUGUAUGUAAUCAUGUAUGCAAACAUGUAUAUGAAUGUGUACAGUGCCUGGAUCACAGGUCAUAUAAGGUAACUGCUUCCAGGCUCAGGCUGGAAUGUCUGAGAAUCACACCCACAGGCUGUACACCCCACCACCACCAUCUCCUCUCCACUUCUUGACUUUGAAGACAAGUCUCUAAGGCCAUUAAAACAGGAAAGAUCACAGGGCAGUAGGAAAAUAAAAGUUGCUAACUGACACCCACUUGGUGGCAUCCUGAUGACCCUGUAUUCGAGUUACUGAAGAACACCAGCUUCUGAGCCACUCUGCCCACCUUGCUUACAAGAGAAAAGCAGUCACACAUUAAACAUUUUCCUGAAGCUCCCAGGAUGUGUCUGUCCUCAGCCCUAUGUGAAGCUAUUGAGGGUUAGAAAUGUCUCCCCUCUUUCCAUCAGAAGCUAGGGGGACAGGAGAGAAGUGGCAGCAGCUCAGGCAGGCCCUACUUACCAGGCUGUGUCACUGAGCACAGACAUGACGUCAUCAAGCACGCCUGCAUCCACCAAGUCACUAUAGGUGAGCACCAUCUCGUACAGCUGGCUUGCUGUGGCCUUCCGGAUCUGGGACAAGAACAGCAGGUCAACAAGAGGAAAACCCAUCACCACUGGGAAAUGAAUCUGGCCACAGCCCAGACACUUCUGCCAUCACAGACAUGCAGCAGAAGGAAGAUCAGCAGCCUCUGUCAGAAGGGACUCCUGCCUGGGAUCCGUCCCUCUUGCUAGUGUCCUGUGACAAACCGCUUCAGAUGGCCUUGUCUACCCUGUAAUGUGCCUUUUUGAGGGUGAGCGGUGGGCCAUCCCACUCUACCUCAAAAAAAAAAAAAAAAAAACCUACUGUCCUUUGCAGAAAUUCCCUGACUACUUAGGGGAGAAAUUUCCCUUUUGGGAUACUUAGAGAGUUCUUGGGUAGGAGGGGAAUCCUAACCCUAGGCUGUUGACACCCCACCCUCAGCAAUGCUUCCUUAUGCUCACCCUGCCCGGUACCAGCACCCACGUUCCUUUCAUACGAACGCCAGCCACUUGACUACCAUGACCCAGGGCUGCCCACGCCUGGAAACCAUCUCACCCCUGUGUUUACUUCUAAACCUACUUCAAAGUUACACCAACACACACUCGUCUAAAGGCCAUACAUGAGCACAGACCUUUAGAUGGCCUUGAGGUGGGGCGGACACACUCACCACAGGGAAGGGGUGGCCAAGGAGGAUGAACAGCUGCAGAAGGACCUUCUGUCGCACAUCACCAUUGAACUGCACCAUCCCACAGAGCCUGCAGAAAGCCCACAGGGGACAUGGAGCCGUGCCAUACUCAAGUUACCCGAGGACCCAAGACACAUCUGAGACCCAACAAGUACACAGCAUAAACCUUGAGCCAUGUGUUAAUGUGUGUGCACCUAUAUACACACCUGUGUGUUGUGUGCUAGUGCGCUCCCAUGUGGUAUAUGGUCAUGUAUCCAAGUGUGCACUGUAUACUAAUGUGUUCCCAUGUACUUGCCUAUACAUAAUGAGAUCUUUGUGUUA